AUGAUAAAAAAAAAUAUUAAAAUGAACAUAAAGAUCCGUCAUAAACUCAAAGCUUAAAUACGCAUAAAUAUGAUAGAGAAUAUUAUUGUUAGAUCUUUAAAUAAACAAAACGAUCAAGGUUUCGCGUUUGUCCUAAUCUCCGAAAAUCUUUGUAACCGGUCGUGUUUUCCUUUAUUUCAAAUUUCUCUGAGGCUUCCGCGUUUCCAUCAAAUGAUGUUAGUAAAUAUAAGGUUACCCGAAUGAUCUUGACCGUCUAUGUGCUGUCGAUAUCACUCGAACAUCAAACUUGGGAAGGAGCUGUUUUCGACAGUACAAGUUGAACUAACGGACAAUCGUCAUUGUAUUUGGCCAACAUUUUCAGUGAUUUAACCAAAUUUUCUGGCUUGUUAUCCGACAAUUUUUAUAAUUUGCAUUGGGACGUCGACAGUAUAGAAUUACAUACAAGAUGUUAACAGAGUCACGCUUCAAAUUCGCUCUGGAAUGUCUGAAGCAAUGUUUGUUGAUCGAGCCGAGAAGUAAUGUCUUUUUUAGUCCAUCUCUCAUAUACGAGCAUUUACUCACAGUGUGUAUUCUAUGUAAUACCUAUAAUGUACCUAGUGGCGAUAGAAUUGAAAAUUCUCUGAAGAAGAUUCUCUAUAUUCCUGAAAAUAUCACUAAAAUGAUUGUUCAAAAAUAUUAUUUGGAUACAAUAGAAAAGUUUAAUUACUGGAUAAUGGAUUCCACGGGAUCUUAUAAGUAUGGAAUCAACAAUGUAAUUUGGAUCGAAAAUAAAUUAAUAGCACGAAAAAGAAGCUAUUUUAAACGUCAUUAUCGUUUGUCUCUCAGCGGUUUAUUUUGGUUCAAAUACCAAAAGUUGCGUAAAGUCCGAUUUGAUAAUUCUCGUUACAGUACAGACAGAAGAGAUGACGUUAAUACAUUUAUUAAAGAUACAACAGGAUAUCUCAUAGAAAAUCUGUUGCCACCAAACAGCAUCCAUGACAAAACCAACCUAGUUAUGGCAAACGUGGCCUACUUAAAGGCCAAAAUAAACUGCGAGUUUGAUCCUAAUGUCGGCCAUAGCAGCAAGAAUGUAGAAGGCACGAAUUUGCAACUAAACGCAAAUAUUACGCAAUUACGUUUAAAAGAUGACAGGAUAUCAAUAUUGUUCCUUACCCCUAUACUAUCGGAAUCUGAGAAAGACAAUAUCAUAUUAACAAAUGAUAGAAUCGUCCAAAUGAUAGAACAACUGAUGACAGAGGAAGGAUAUCGGUAUCUUCGUCAAAUUUUGGAUCACGGAGAAUCGCAACAGAUUUCCAACACGUUUCCGACGUUCAAGAUUGUGCAAGACCUACGGAUGUAUGAUUUGUUAAAGAUACUGGACGUUGAGGAACUUACGCCACUUGGAGCAGCUAAUUUGAAUCCGAUGACUUAUUUAGGGGCUGUGAGAUUUGGCGAUGCCAUGCAUCGAGUCAACGUUGACAUUACGGAGAAUAGUGUCAUAGCAACGGCGAGUAACGUAUUAUUUACCCACAAUUCUUCUCGUCACGAACGGAUAAAUACUGUAGACUGCUCCAACUCAUGUGUCUGCUUCAUCUAUGAUAAACACAAUAGCAACAUUCUUUUCUGCGGCGUCUUAUUCAAAGCUGAAAAUCAGCAGCAAUGUGAUGCCGCGGGAACUUCAGAAUGUUGUAGUGGACAAGAACGUCUUUAACUAACGUCCCGAUAAAACAAAGAUUAAAAAAUUUAGCAAACAAAAAAUUAAUUUUAUCAUUAGAAGCUGAAAAAUAAGCAUUUAAAAUUUAUUCAAUCGCAACAUCCUUUUCUGCAGUGUCUUAUUCAAAGCUAAUGAAAGUCAGCAGCAAUGUAAUGCCGAUAUCUCAAAAUGUUGUAGUCUGAAACGCUGAAACGUCUUUAAUUAACGUCCUGAUACAACAUAGUUUAAAAAAUACAUUUAGCAAAUAACAAAUUAAUUUUAUCAUCAAGUUGAAAAAUCGUUUAAGAUUUGAUACGUCUUUCAAACUAUUUUAUAAAUGUUAUAAAAAAUCUUUUAACAUUUUAUUUAUUUUUUAACAUUUUUAAAAUACCAUUUUAUACGCGACAGUUCGACAAUUUAAUGAACAAUUUAUUAAAUAGCUAUUAAUAAUAUUUAAUAAAUGUUUGUAUACCGCAAAAGUGUAUUAGCUAAAUACGAUUUUUUAAACAUUCAUUAAAUGUUCAGUAAAUACUCGCAAUAGAAUUAAUUUUUUUCAUAGAGAAAUUGAUUUCAGUUUAAAAGUUUAACAAUAUAAAUUGUCGACUAUAAUCAAAAUAAUAAAGUGUAUCUCUGACAUGUUUGUGUAACAAGAAUUUUAGCGAUUAUGACUUUUUAAAUAUAUAAUUUAAUAAUUUUAGUUAAUAAAGUUACAUAAACAAGUCUUGUCGCGAUUUUUGAGAAAGUGUUGCGAUCAGCAAUUUGCAUUUCUUCCGAUUAAAUCAAUAAAUUGAAUAUUUGAAGUUGAAACUACAUUUAUAUAUAUUGGGCUCGACAUACAUAAUUUUGAGAGAAAGAGAGAAAACUCCAUUUCCGAUUUCUGUUCGUUUGUAUUAAUUGGUAUAUGUAUGUAAAUUUAAUUAUGCCUAUAAAAAAUUGGUAGCAUCCAACCCGAAAGAUAAAAAUAUCGGAAUCUUUUGCAAUUGAUUGUAACAUAUAAAACGUAUGCACGUACCGACGCAUGUAUGAAACACUAGGAAUAAUGACAAAUGUGAAUUCAUUCUAAUUUACGCUGCGAAUCAUUACAGUAUGAGAUAAGUAAACGAGAUUAGCAAACUCGAGAUUCAUUAGAAACGCAAAGAAAAUUAAAAAAGUUCUUGUGCUCUUUCGACAACACGUAAUAUCAUCUUUAAAGUCUUUCGGCGUGACGAUUCUGUUUGCCAGUCCGGAAGAAUUUGUGAUUGGAUAUCUCAUUUAUAUUCGUUUUUAUUUUUAUUUUUCAGUAGCGAAAUUUCAAUAUUUGAUAAAAAAAAUAUUAGAAACGACAAGUUCAUAUACUUCAAAGAUGUUUGUAUUGCAUAUAGACCACAUUUAAAUAAUCGCAAUAUUGUAGAAUUUAUAGCGUAACACAUGCGAAGAUGUAAUAAGAAAAAAAUGAUAAUGUUUUCAAACAGGUGUAUAAUUAUAAGUAUAAAUAAAAUUAAACUUUCUCAAUGCAUUCCAAAAAUAUAA